AUGUUUGAAGAAGCCAAUCCCGAGACUAACGUCGCAGCAGCCACACCACGGAGGCCGAGGUCAUUGGAGGACGAUGAAGAUGGGCAGUCGUUGGAUGUCAAAGUGAUGGAAACCGUGAUAAUAAAGAGCGAUAGUGAAAGUGGGAGUGAAGAGUCGUAUGAGGAGUAUGAAGAUAAGCCAAACACGGGUGAGAUCAUGGGUUGGUGUUUUUAUGAACUGUGUUCGUAUUUCACGCAUACAGUUCUUCUUACCAUCGUGUUUCCGCUCAUCAUAAGUCAAACUUUUAAUAGCGAACCACCGGAACCUGCUCGAGGGUGGUAUACGAAUCGUAAAGGUUUUCACUGCACCAAAAAGGAAACCCUUUUGUUUGAAGCUUUGACAUACGCUAGAGUAAAAGUGGGGAGCAUGAAAUUCUCUGCACUAGAAUGGACAUCAAUCUCUUGGUUUUCCGGUUUAAUCGUCGCUGCACCUCUACUCGCCUCAGUCUCCAUCCACCUCGAUCACCGCCAGAACUCCCACGUCAUGGCUGCAAUCGCCACCGCUAUUGGAGCCGUAUUUUGUCUCCCCGCUGGCGCCAUUAAAACCGUCUGGAUUAUGCCACCCUACGUUGCAGCUAUUGUCGCCUCGAACGCCGUUGGAUCCGCCUUCCACAACCGCCACCUCGGUCUCAUGGUCCGUGGCUUUGUCGGCGCUACCAUCCGUAAACUUCAGUUCCCUGACAGGCAAGCCGUCUCCGGUUGGCUCUCACUCUACGCCACCGCCGGUGGCUGUUUUGGAUCCGCCGCAAUUGCAUCGUUCACUUACUACAUGCUCAGAAACUCCGAAGGGUUUAUUAGUUUAUGGGUUGUGUCAAUCUUCAGCGGCAUUCUAUGGUUCGCCGGAAUCGCGUAUAUCAUCACCGCCACUCGAUCAAACGGAAACGAAUCAUCAAAUGACAACAGCAGGGUUUCAACUGGCCAUUUCAUUUCCAUUUUUAAGUACCCACAUGCUGCCGGAACUCUCGUCGGAGUUUUCCUCUCGUCCUUCUCAACAAUGAGCAUAUUCACCGGUGGACUCCUCUACAUCGUCGGCCAACUUUGUACUCCCCCAAAAGACCUACUAUUCGUUUGGUUAACAUAUUUCUUCUUCCCAUUGUUGGUUCUGCCAUUGUUACAACCAAUCCAAAAGGUGAUCCGAUCGGACGCAGUAAAAAUGCAAAUUUUCGGAUUCUUGCUCUCGACACUAACUUCUGGAAUGGGGUUUUACUACCGAUUAGAAAACUGGCACAAGAGUCACGUUUUAUUCCUUGCUGCAUCACAAAGUAUAGCUUCUGGUGUUUUGCAUGCAUACAGUCGAAUCUUGUUGAUGGACUGUGCGCCGUCGGGUAAAGAAGGCGUGUUUGCUGCGUGGUUCUCGUGGGUUCGAAUGCUUGGAGCGUUUGUUGGAUUCGCCAUUGGUUCGAGUGGCGUAGGGAACAUCAAUCGGUCGUUUGGGGCUGCGUUUGCGGCGGCUGUUGUUGGCAUUGUUGCGUUGAUCUUUAGUAAUGUUAGUAGUUAUGGCGGAGCUGUGGCAGCCGGUCAUGUGCAUAAGCGUCGUGAGACGGGCUCGCCUGUCCGUCAAUCCGACAGUGUGGUUAACGUUAAAGGGAAAGAGGAUUCCGACGAACCACUAGAUCGAACCAUUGAAGUUUGA